CGCAGCAGGCCUAGCUAGGCUUAGUCGAUUGCCGGACCAACGAGGAGACUUGUUGAGUUAUCUAGCACACACUCCAUUUUUUUUAAUCCCUUGUGCAAAUGGUGAAAGGUGUGCGUGGCAGAGCAAGGCCAGGACCACGUUUUGGUGCAGGCAGUGAAGGUGUCUUAUCAGCUGAAUCAAUGUCGUUAUCUUCAUCAUCGGAACUGAAGCCAAACGGCGACGGUGUUGGUGAGGGAACAGCCGCCGACAAAAUGGCGACAGCACCCGAUGCCGGUGGUGGAGGUGACGGCGGUGGAAAGUCUUUGGUGCAAAAAUUUGUUCAGAUUGCAGUCGUUGUGACGGCUUAUUGGUUUAUCUCAAUUUCCUUGGUAUUCAUCAACAAAUACCUGUUGAGCAGCCAAGACCUCAAGCUGGAUGCACCACUUUUUGUAACUUUCUACCAGUGUUGUGUGACAAUCAUGCUGUGCACAAUGCUGGGCAUUAUGGGAUCAUUAGCGCCCUCUGUCAUCAGUUUUCCAGCAUUAAAAUUUGACUACAAGAUCAGUAGAGAGGUGUUGCCACUGUCUGUCGUCUUUGUUGGAAUGAUCACAAUGAACAACCUCUGUCUGAAACAUGUUGGCGUGGCGUUCUACAACAUUGGCCGCUCCCUCACCACAGUAUUCAAUGUGAUAUUGUCCUACGCAUUUCUGAAGCAGACUACCUCUCUGAGGGCCAUCCUAUGCUGCUGUAUCAUCAUCAUGGGCUUUCUUUUAGGAGUCAACCAGGAGGAUAGCUCAGGUGUGUUGUCCUACAUUGGGGUGAUCUAUGGCAUCUUGGCCAGCCUGUGCGUCAGCCUCAAUGCCAUCUUCACCAAGAAGACCCUGCCCUGUGUCGAGAACAACAUCUGGCGCCUCAUGUUCUACAACAACAUCAAUGCCGUGCUGCUGUUCCUGCCACUGGUCUACCUGUCUGGAGAGGUAGGCAAGGUGUGGGAUUUCCCCCACCUGUCCAGCCCCCACUUCUGGGCGAUCUUGUCCGUCAGUGGCCUCUUUGGGUUCAUGAUCGGCUACAUCACGGGCCUCCAGAUCAAAGUGACCAGCCCCCUCACGCACAAUAUCAGUGGCACGGCCAAGGCCUGCGCCCAGACCAUACUGGCCGUGGCCUACUUUCAGGAGGUGAAGACCGCCCUGUGGUGGCUGAGCAAUGCCAUGGUGCUGGGCGGCUCGGCACUCUACAGCCACGUGCGCCGGCAAGAGAUGACCAAGGAGCACGCGGAGAACCUUAAGGCCAAGGCGGAAGAAAAAGAGGCCAGUAACACUCUGAGGUCAGGGAAGAUGAUUAGCAUUUAGGAGCCAUCAUACUAAGGAAGCGGCAAAAUGACUUAGCCUUUCCAACAAGUAUCGGGAAAAGGGAAUUUAUGUGAACUUAUGAUACUCAUGUAAUUCCAGUAUUACGUUCACUGGUGAUCAAUCAUCAGGAUGCGUGUUUGAGACUGUUAGUGCGGCAACAACAAAAAUAUUUAAACAACAAAAUAUGUUGAAUCAAAAAACAGGUCACAACAGUGAGCCAUUGAGGCUUGUAUCGCAGGCAGUGAACAGGGAGUAUUUGCUGCCAAUGACAAAAUGCCCUUUACUGUACUGUACUGCCAUGUGGUUCUUAAACUGCGUGCACGGUGGAAAUCCUUUGGAUGACAUGAUGGCAGCCAUCUUGGAGGCACAUGCUAUUGUUCCACAGGGAUCCAGAUGCAUUUACCUCUGGUGCACUCUCCACAUUACUGAACUGGGGACAGCGAGACUUCUUCCUCAUGGCUACUGUGCAAACACAGUGCAAAUGUGCACAAAUCUCUCAUCCUUUGGCUUCAUCUGCAUCAGGCAUUGUUGUACUGUCAUGGUAGUGGCUGUAAGCCACGGAGGCAUGGACUCCAUAAAGAAAAAUCUGGACCCACAAUCCGUUACCAGAGGUCAUUGAACCACCAGCGUCCAUCUUAUCGUACAGUGCCCAAUGCAAAAGUAAUACAGUACAAGCUUUCUUGACAUUUUGAACCAAAUUCGUUUGUGACGCUAGUAAUUAUCAUGGCGAUCCUGCCAAUUACUGCCUUUGUAUUCGGCACGAUAAAAUGGCUGCUGAUGGCUUCAGUUAGUACCAAGGCAAGGCUAGUCCAGGUUUUUUUAAUGUGACAUCCGUGCAUGGAGGAAAAAAGGCAAAACUGAAACUCUAGCCCAAAUAUUAUAUGGAAAAAAGCUCCUCCAUCUUGUCAGAAUUUGGCUCUGAAGUCACAAUGUAUUAUACGUUGCAUUGACAUGGUUACAGCUUAAAGCUUUAUUAAAGGUCAUUCAUUACAGAAGGCCAUUGAUCGUGAAUGACUGGAUCGCUUGCUGUACCUGAGGUAUGACCCACAGUAUACAUGUAGGAUUAAAAGGAUCCCACCACAUCCAAAUGUGUUUUUUUUUCUGGCUGUGGCCUCAGUUUUUGCCAUUAGCACACCAUGAUAAAAUGUCACAGCUGCAGUGCGUAAAUACCUUUUUCAUAUGCAGCCUGCAUGCUGUCUUCCCGACGAAGAAUAGCUUGGGUGGAGUAUCCAAGGGUCAAGGUUGCUUGAAUGCAUUGGGGUUUUUUUUUUGUCGGACCGACUUCAAAGAAUGUCUCAGUGUGAAGAGCAGAAUCCUCAGAGUACAUGUAUGCGGUUAGUGUAGGUGUAAAUUGAUUUCUAGCAAGUAUAUGCAACUAUGCACACAUCAUCAGAUCGUUGCCCAAGCGUAUGGUACAUGUAUGGAAUACAUAACACAUGUAUUGGAUUUGUACGUAUGCUGUCAACAAAAAUAAACAAUGGCCACUGACAUGUACCGUACCAUCUGCACGACCCCCCUACACAAAGGUCAUGUGUCACAGAAGAAAAGUCCAUGCAGAGGAUUAACAAGUUUUAUUUUCCAACAAACUUAGAAAGAACAUCCCAGCAGCAUUGAAAUAUUUUUAUUUUUUUAAAUAGUCUGUUAUCAAUUUAAAAAUUACGGAUGUUCAGUCUGUGUUAAUGUCAGUUUUUGAUUGGUAAUGUGUAGUUUUAUUGGUGGGUGGAGGGUACAGUACAUGCAGUCAGAGUGAAAUACAUGUAUUGGAAUAAGCA